UCCAUUUUACUUCUGUUAUCAAAUUUGCUUCAUUCUCUUGUUAAAGACAUAGAGGACUUGAAGAUUUCUCCUUCAGUAUUCAACAUGAGACUGAAGGCAUCUUCCACUUUACAUAGAAGCAGCCACCCUCAAGGUACAAGAUUCCCCCUCUACAUGAUGCAACUCUACAAAACUCUUGUCAGUGGAAAUAAUACUAAUAUAUCAACCAUGGAACAGAAUGCUCUUCAAGAAUCUGAUCUGGUGCUAAGUCUCAUCGCAAAGAGCUGCAUCGUAGUGGGCAGUAAUUGGACCCUAUCAUUUGACAUGUCCUCUCUAUAUACAAGCAAUGAGCUGAGAUUGGCUGAGUUAAGAAUUCGCCUCCCAACUUUUGAGAAGUCCCACAAUGUCACAGUGAACAUUUAUCACACCAAGGCAGGACACAAGGUAUUCUUGGGAUCAUUUAAGACUGAUCCAUCUGUUGUGCCCUACUCUGUUUGGAAGAUCUUUAAUAUCACAAAAAUGCUACAAUUCUUCCUCAGUCAAGGUGAAAUGUUUAUAAAAGAUGACUACAUAGAGGCCAAAGAUACCCCAGAAAGAGGCUGGGAAACAAGUCCCGUGAAAACAGAGCUCCUAGACACAUUGAAUUCGGAUCAUUCCUCUCACAGCACAUCAGUGAGAGCCAUGCUGGUGGUAUUUACCAAGGACAAACCAUCGACCAACAUGUCUGGAUCAUCCAGUCUAAUCAAGACUGUGACAACUUCAAAGUAUGUAAUGGUAGAGAAUGUUACCAGGACAACCAGUGGAAGGAGACACAGAAGAAAUCACAUCAUGAUGAACAACAUUGCUCCUCAGCCUGUUGAAGAUGGGACACCCCUGUGCAGGAAGGUGGAUAUGAUAGUGGACUUUAAAAAGAUUGGAUGGGGCGAUUAUAUUAUCUACCCUAAAAGCUUCAAUGCCUACAGAUGUGAGGGAGCCUGUCCAAUUCCUGUCAGCGAGGUCUUCAAGCCAACAAAUCAUGCAUAUAUAAAGAGUUUGGUUAAGAUGUAUGACCCUUACAAAGUGGACUGUCCGUCUUGUGUGCCUGUCAAAAUGAAGCCCUUAUCGAUGUUAGUGCACGAGGGUGAUGACGUCGCUUUAAAACGUCACGAAGAGAUGGUGGUUGAAGAAUGCGGAUGCCAUUAAACAGAG